AUGGAGAUUUGGCGUCAUAAUAUUUGCAGGAAAUUGGUACACAUUGGUUGCGGAAUCACCCUCGCACACAUUAACGUGCCGGGUGCACAUCUCAAAGCAAUCAUAAUUGCCGUGGCGGUGAUAUCAAUAAUCAUAUUCAAAACCGUGCCGCUUAGAUUCGGCAUCAAGGAUGAUGCUGGUAUCAUCUGGUACAAUCUGAUUGUCCUGCUUUUCGCUGUGUUUGGACUGCCCCUCAGGGUCCUUCUGCCGGUGUUCAUCAUAGACCCGGUUGCCUGCAUUGUAGGCAUUUCUACUAAAUCGAGGAAGUGGUGCGGUAAUAAGACGGUCUAUGGAACAGUCGCUGCGGGGAUUGCCUCAUACUUCUCCCUUUAUUACGUUCGCGUGCAACAACACCGGAUACUGCUGAGUCUUGUACUUCCCAUAACGGAGGGAAUUAUGCGCCAACACGACAACAUAGGCAUCAGCGUUGUCGUGUUGUUGUACUACUGCGCCGCCCAACACUUCGGGUGGCCCACUGAGAAGUGGAAGUUAAUGCAUCACAACAGUGCGUACUUAUCUGAUAUCAUUAGAUUCAUUUUAUCAUCAUUUAAAGGGUUUCUAGACGCUGUGGCUCGUAUGUUGGCUUCCAAAUUGUCUCAUGCGCUGCUACAGCUAUAA